UAUUAAUGUUUACAGUAUUAAUGUUUUCAGAACGAAUGUGAUAAGGAAACGGUGCAUGAUGCCCAUCCUCGGCAGUCCGAAACACAUCGAGAAGAGCCACGACUACGAGUUCCUCAAACCCUGGCUGGGUACCGGGCUUCUGACCAGCCAAGGCAAGAAGUGGCAUCCGCGACGGAAGAUUCUCACCCCAGCCUUCCACUUCAAGAUCCUGGACGAUUUCGUGGACAUCUUCCAGGAGCAGAGUGCUGUGUUGGUUAGCCGGCUGGAACGAGAGGUGGGAAACGAGAAGGGCUUCAACUGCUUCCCCUACGUGACCCUGUGCGCUCUGGACAUCGUUUGCGAAACUGCCAUGGGUCGUCUGGUCAACGCUCAGAUGAACUCCGACUCCGAAUACGUUAAGGCAGUUUAUCAAAUCGGAAGCAUCGUCCAGAACCGGCAGCAGAAGAUCUGGCUGCAGCCGGACUUCAUCUUCAAGCGGACGCAGGACUACCGGAACCACCAGCGCUGUCUGUCGAUACUGCACGAAUUCUCGAACCGAGUGAUCCGGGAACGGAAGGAGGAAAUCCGGAAGCAGAAGCUCUCGAACAACAACAACAUCGAUAGCGUGGCCGAUUCGAAUACCGGAAGUGGAAAUGGUUUCAGCAAUAACAAUAAUAACAACGCGGAAGAGUUCGGCAGGAAGAAGCGGCUGGCGUUUUUGGACCUGUUGAUCGAAGCUUCUCAGGAUGGGGCUGUACUUUCGAAUGAGGACAUCCGUGAGGAGGUUGAUACGUUCAUGUUUGAGGGGCACGACACCACAUCGGCUGCCAUAUCGUGGAUCCUGUUGCUGUUGGGUGCUGAACCUGCCAUCCAAGAUCGCAUCGUCGAGGAGAUCGAUCAGAUUAUGGGUGGAGAUCGGGAGCGUUUCCCCACCAUGAAGGAGCUCAACGAGAUGAAGUAUCUGGAGUGUUGCAUCAAGGAAGGAUUGCGCCUUUAUCCGAGUGUGCCGCUAAUUGCGCGGAAGCUGGUCGAGGACGUUCAGAUCGAGGAUUACGUCAUCCCUGCCGGGACGACAGCGAUGAUUGUGGUCUACCAGCUGCACCGGAACCCGGAGGUGUUCCCGAAUCCGGACAAGUUCAAUCCUGACCACUUUUUGCCGGAGAAUUGCCGCGGUCGGCAUCCGUACGCGUAUAUUCCGUUUAGUGCUGGACCAAGGAACUGCAUUGGCCAGAAGUUUGCGGUGCUAGAAGAAAAAUCGAUCAUAUCGGCUGUUCUGAGGAAGUAUCGAAUCGAGGCUGUUGAUCGACGGGAAAAUCUUACGCUACUGGGAGAACUGAUCCUAAGGCCUAAGGAUGGUUUGCGGAUAAAGAUUAGCCGGAGAAAUUAGAAGAGGAACAAGUGAAACGAACGAAAAAAGUAUUGAAUUUAUCAUUUAACUUGUAGUGUUUUAUUACUCGAUAAGCGGUCUCUAGAAUACUAAAUCUUAGGUUUAAUGCAGUUUACAGUUUUUUUUUAUAUCAUGAGAUGUUGGUGUGUAUUAAUCGAAAUGUUCGUCCUUAUAAGGUAUUAUAUGUUAUCUGUAAAUGUCUUUUCGAUGAAAUUCGGAUGCUGCAAAAUCGGAAGGAAACGAAUGCGCGAUGGAAGAUAAUUACAAUAAUUGUAAACAGUCGACAACAUAUGUUUAUCGAACUUAAAUAUAAAGGUACCUUUAUCAUGCAUUGUUCACAUUAUAAAUUGCUACAAUUGUUCAUGGCAAUCGGUGAAAAAAAUUGUCAGCCAAUAAACAUAA